CCACCCGUCACAAGACGGUAAUGGCGAUCCCCUCUUCCGACUUUCCCUCUCAAACUAAAGUGUGAGAAGAUCGUCAGCGAAGGCAGGAGAAAACAUAAUUCAUCAGCCAUGGAGGAAGAGGAGCUCGUCCCAGAUCUCAGAAAUCAAUUCAAAGUGUCGGCAGUUUCCUUGGCCGAAGCCGAAGCCACAAGAAACGUCAUGGAAAUGUCCGAACCCGUAUCGGAAUGCAUCGCCGAUUUGGCCUUGAGAUACGCAGAACAGCUAGCGAAGGACCUCAAGCUAUUUGCGCAGCACGCGAGGCGGAAGUCCGUGAAAGCAGACGACGUCGUCAUCUCCGCUCAUAGAAACCGAGGUCUGGCCGCCUCGUUGACGUCUUUCCACGAUGAGUUGAUAGCAAAAGAGAGCGAACGAGGGCAACGUGAUCGGAGGAAGGGGAAGAAGUUCCCUAGAGAAGAUGAAAUGGUCGAUCCAGAUUACACCCCCGAGUCGGAUUAUACUCCCUAGUCCUGACAACUCAGGAAAUUUUUUCUUGCAUUGCUGGUACAUGUGAAGUUGUAAUCUCAGUCAAUAAUAAGA